UCAUCACACUCACCAAUCUGCCUGCGCUAAGGAUGGUCCAUUGUUAUGUUUUGCUCUCGAAUUAUAAAAAAGGUAAGCGUGGUUAGCUUUCAAAUAAAAGUGAUUUUAAAAUGGAAAUAGAAACCAUACACCUGGAAAACUGGAUGUGCCGGAUUUGUUUGGAGAGAGGCACUUACAACAUCUUCGAGGAUCGUCUGGUGUUGGACCCCAAACAUGCAGCAGCGCUGAAUCCAGAAUCCUCAAUCGUUCAAGGUCAUCAAGAGCCUUCUUCGUUCGAAAGCAGCGGUGGCGCCAGCAAUAAUUCUACCAUCAAGGACUCGGUCGUGACCAUAGUUGAUGCGCUCAAUUACUUUUGCGAGUUCAAGAUUUCGUACACAGAAAUCGCCAACGAACCAACGAUGAUUUGUGAAAAUUGCCGUGAAGAGCUGUUGCAGUGUAUUAAAUUCCGGAAAAAAGUAAAUGAUGCGGAAAACUUACUGCGGAAGGAAUACGACUGCGACGAAACAUCGAUAGAAGGAAAAUCAGAUUUGACGCUCCGUUUAUCAGAUAUCGAUCCGUUUCUAAUGGACGUACCGGAUGCCGAAACACCGUCGUCAGAUGAUGCCAUCAGUGCUGAGGAACAAGUGUCGAUAGCGGAAUCGUCCAAGCAGCCGAAAGUUCACUUGGCGAAACCCCGUUUUCGAUUGACCAACCAGGUUAAUAACAUAUUACGCCACGUAACAACCAGUAGUAGAGCUGUGUACGAUUCAAAGCCUUUCAAAGAUAAACGCAGGGAUUCGAAUGACGAUCUUGCUGAUCUAGGUACGCCCAAGAAAAUUUUCCGACGAUAUUCCACCGAUGACGUGCUAGAGAAAACGCUAGUAGUGCCCAGCUUCAUAUUCUCCCGCGAGUUGGAUGGUUCUGAGGAGAGAAAUGUCAUGCAUGUUGCUCAAACGACUGUUCCAGAAUCCUACGAGUUUUCAACGGCCGAUUUCGUCGAACAGCAACCAGAUACGGAGGGCGGCGGCACAUACUAUUGCCAGCACUGCCCGAAGGCUUUUUCGUCGCCCACUCAUUUGUUGGGCCACACAAAAAGCACCCACCUUUGUCAAUAUUGUCUGCAGCAGUUUCCUGAUAUGGUUUCCAGAAACAAACACCUCAAAGAAGCCCACAAAACCUUUCAGUGUUCACUGUGUAGCUUCCGCACCCAGUAUGGAACAAACCUGAGGACUCACCUGCGCAAAACUCACGCCAUUGCUCUACCGGCUCACGUUACUAUUGUACAAACAACACCGGAAUGAGCAGAAAAUAAGUGAAGUUUGAUUGGUCAUCACGUGUUUUUUUGUCUGAUAUUAUCAUUUUUUAAAACCCAUUUAAAAAACUUUAUGAGUUUUACACAUGUUAAUUCCGAUGUGUUUUAUCACCAAGUAGUUUUUCAUUAUGGCUGGGAAUAACGACGUAGCACGUAACACGUUUGUCGAUCGUGAAUGUGGAGGCAUGUCAAUUUGUAAUCAGUUAUCGGAGACUUGUGUUAUUUUUUUUAUUGUUCCAAUAAAACAAAACCAUGCAUAACAUAAAUAAAUAUUCUGUACAUUUCUAAUGAUUUUGAAGAAGUCUGCCCUAUGACUUUUUUUUAAAUGGUACAUAUUAGCGUAUACUAAUUUUAAAGUGAUGUGGAAGUAAUAAUUCAAGGCGCUA